AUGACAUUGAAUACGGUCGCAUUGGGUGUUUCCCUUACGCCUACCGUCGUCGCGACCUUGGUCUCUCAUUAUCUGCAUCGGAAAUCCCGUCGCACCAAACCCACCGUCCACAUCUCCUACGACGAGGCAAUCCAUGUCAUUCGUCAAUUCCUCAACUAUGCUGCCAAACACACGGUUGAGGAUAUCCAGGCGUUCACAGCUCAACGAGUUCCCGCCCCUCAUUGGGUAAAGACAACCAAGGUCCUCAUUCCAGAGCAGUACCUCUCCUCUGCUGCGACCGCUCUUAUCAACCAGCUUGGUCCCAAAGGUAUAGCGCUCGUGGGGGGAGAGAAAUGGUGGCAAUGGCGUGGACCGUCGGAAGAUCUCAAAGGAGAGUGGAUCGAGAUGAAGUCGGACUACCAGGAGAGGAACCGCUCAAACAACCAUCCGAGCGGGAAGCGCAUCAUGUUGUAUCUCCACGGCGGUGCCUACUUUUUUGGAAGUGUGGAGACCCAUCGGUAUCAAUUGCAGCGUCAUGCUAGAAAGCUCAAGGGACGAGUAUUUGCACGUGAGUUACGCCCAGUCACAGAAGCGGAAUAUCGUCUGGCACCGCAGUUUCCCUUUCCCUGCGCCCUACAGGACUGCUUGGCAGCUUAUUUGUUCCUUCUCAACGAACAUGAUCCGACAGAGAUCAUCUUUGCGGGAGACUCCGCAGGUGGUGGAAUGGUCCUUUCGAUGUUGGUCACCAUACGCGACCAAGGACUACCUUUGCCCGCCGGAGCGAUCCUGAUCUCGCCCUGGGUGGAUCUUACACAUUCUUUCCCCAGUGUGCUAUCGGACUGUCCGGGUGACUACAUCCCACCUAAUGGGUUCCGAUAUAAGCCCUCCGCAGCCUGGCCGCCUCCAAACGUGGAUGAAAUUCGCGCGAUCAAACCCGCCAAGCAGAAGUCCCCAGAAAGCGCCGUGGAAGAAGCCGUGCCAAAAGAGGACACCCAAGCUCAAGAGACAGCAGUGAAGGGGUACACAGUCGAGAAGGAGGGGUCAGGUCGGACAGAACCUACUCCGGCGGCUCAUAAACAUGCAGAGGAUGACGAGACCAAGGUCAUCGCAAUACCUAUUGACGGUCAGACAGUCGAACUCAAAGACCAGAUCCAAAUGUACGCACCGAAUCACAUCAUCUCUCACCCACUCGUCUCUCCGGUACUCCAACCGUCGCUUGGCGGUCUACCCCCACUCCAGAUCCUCGUCGGGGGAGGCGAGCGGUUAAGGGACGAGCAGUUUUACACUGCUCACAAGGCCGCCAAUCCGACAGCAUAUCCACCCAGUGACAAGACACUUGACGAGUAUGAUGCGAAACGUGAAAUCUUACACAAAUAUCCUGGCACGCAUGUUCAGUUGCAAGUAUGGGACGAUCUCUGCCACGUUGCCCCGACCCUUAGUUUUACACGUCCGGCCAAGUACAUGUACCGAUCGAUUGCUCAAUUCGGUGCCUGGGCUCUUGCAUGUUCUCAGACUUCUGAGAUUGCCAUCCUCGACGACCAUGACAUCUCCCCCAUCACCUCCUCCAGUGAAACAGACAGUCGCGAAGCAGCGGCCAAGGGCGAGAACAAGGGUAGCACAAGACCGUCCGUUGCGUCCGUCGGGAGGGCUGGUGAUCCACUGCCCGCAUUUAAAGAUCAUAUGAUCCGUCAAAGAGUCGACAAAAGAGGCCGCAUAUAUCCGCUCGAUCCCCCAUCCUCCUAUUCGGUCCUGCAAUUCCCGCGGGAUAAGAUCGGCGUAGCGAACCCGGAACUGGUCCGGAAAUGGAUGGCCGGAAAGGAGGAGUGGGAUAUCAAAUUUGCCAAGGACAAGCUGCGAGUGCAGAAGCAGCGGAUGGAAGAAUUGGUCCACGGAUUCCAGGACUUUGAGGGGGAUACUCCUCCUGCAAGCUCCUUGGCGGCAAGGAGACAGGCUCCGGGCGUGUUGCCUCAAAAGGGCGGAAAGGAGCGGAAGAGCUACCAGAUGACGAUGUGGAGUCGGAUGGCUAGCAAGCAUGACAAGAAGACCCUCGCAAGAGAACAGCACAGGCAGAUGGAAGAGGGUCGUUCGAGGCUGACGAGUGUUGAUGCUGGACCAGCAUGGGCGUCCAUGGAUAGACCGAGAUCUCCAGAUCAUGUCGAGUCAUUUCCGACUGAGCAGUCUAACAAGGACACACAAGUCAACGGAGGGAAAGCACAUGAAGGUCUGCGAGAAGACCAGGAAUCAUCUAACGGUGCUGAACGCGACACCAACCAAUCUGGAGUUUCGCGUCCGGCAUCGUCGAAUUGGGGAAAGUACACCAGUCCUAUGAUCGUCUUGCCCGAUUAUGAAAGCAGGCAGUUCAACGCAGAUAAUGCCAGCACGACGACUUUGCUACAUGCUGCUGGAACCAUUCCCGCUCGAUCGGAACAGCCGCGGCCUGUCUCCCAGGCCGGUUCCGGGACGAUUCGCAGCGCCAUGACCGCCGACCGAGAAGAUGCCAGUACCAUCGAUGAUGCGAGGUCACUAGCCGUGACCACGAUAACCGCGCUCGACAAUGCGAGUACCCGGGCCGUCCGUAAUUCCACUGGAGUAGUCGGCGUGGUCAACGAUAAGAAAUCGACCAAUGGUUCUGUCGAGACGUUGUCUGCGACUAGGCCGUCUGGGGAUCUGGAGUCCUUCUAUUCGGUCAAUGCGAACUCGGAGGGCGAUGCUCAUUCUGUCAGUGCUCGCCCGGAUAUGCCUGAUCGGGAGGUGUUUAGAACUGCAGAUGAACAUAUUUGA